AUGGGGCUGCUGCUUGAUGUCCUACUGGACAGGAAAGUGAGAAGGGUUCCAGCGACGCUGCCUGCCUUGUUGUACGACUGUCCAGAGCCGCGCCUCUUUCUGCCUGUGCAGGACGAGAAGAGCGCGGCGCUGCGGCAGCAGGCCUCUCCGGACAGGCUGUCCGUCACUUUCGGCGGCGGCGAGGAGGCCGUCUUCUCGCCGGGCUCUCCGCCAGCCGCCGCCAUGGACAAGGUUCGCUUCCCGGGGAACGCCGCGCCACCACCUGUCGCCGCUGUGGAAAAAGGAUUUGAUCCCGCAGAACGGAAGAAGACGGCCAUCUCGGUGGAGGAGUGCAUCACGCAGGAGCAGAUCGUGGAGCGGCUGCGGCUGCACAAGGAGGUGCUGAGCAGCGUGAAGCAGCAGCCGUGGGGCAUGCGGCGCAAACUGCGGCUCGUCAAGCAGGCCAAGGCGUACGUGAAGCAGCACGAGGGCGAGCUGCGAGAGCGGCGCACCACGCGCCACCUGCUCUCCAGGUGCCACCUGCUCGUCAUCAAGCGGUGGCAGCACACCCGGCGCGAGCUGGACAACCUGAUGAACGCGCUGAUCCCGUGGGAGCUGCGCAUCAAGCAGAUCGAGUCGCACUUCGGCUCCGUGGUGGCCUCCUACUUCACCUUCCUGCGCUGGCUCUUCUGGGUCAACCUGGUCAUCACCGUGCUGCUGGUCGCCUUCGUCGCCAUCCCAGAGAUGCUGACGGCAGACACGCGGACGGCGGGCGAGCGCAAGGAGAUGCUACCGCGCGAGCGGCGCACGGCCACCAACCUGGACACGCUGUGGGACUUCGACGGCGUGCUCAAGUACUCGCCCAUCUUCUACGGCUACUACACGAACCGCGACGCCGCCGACACGGGCUACCGCCUGCCUUUCGCCUACUUCAUGACGGGCAUCGCCGUCUACGCCUACAGCUUCGUCGCGACACUGCGCAAGAUGGCAGAGAAUUCCCGCAUGAGCAAGCUGUCCGAGAAGGACGACGAGUGUGUGUUCACGUGGAAGCUGUUCACCGGCUGGGACUACAUGAUCGGCAACGCGGAGACGGCUCACAACCGCGUGGCGUCCAUCGUGCUGGGCUUCAAGGAGGCGCUGCUCGAGGAGGCCGAGCGGCGUCGCGACGCCCGCAAUUGGCGGGUGCUCUGCCUGCGGGCGUUGGUGAACCUGGCUGUGCUGGUGCUGCUGGCGUCAUCCGCUUACGCCGUCGUGGAAGUCGUGAAGCGCUCCAAUCAGACGUCGCCCAGCGACAGCUGGUGGCGGCAGAACGAGAUCACCGUGGUGAUGUCGCUCAUCCAGUACGUCUACCCCAUCCUGUUCGAGGUGCUGGGACUACUCGAGAGCUACCACCCGCGCAAGCAGCUGCGCAUACAGCUCGCGAGAAUAAUGGCGCUUAACAUGCUUAGUCUCUACACGCUGAUCAUAGCGCUGUUCGACAAGAUUAAAGAUAUGACCGCAGACCUGGAGGACCUGCGACCGCUGAUAAAGGGCAUCCAGCAGCAGCAGACGACGACGACGCCAGCGACCGCCGCAGAGGGCAGCAGCUGCCGGCAGGUGGCCGUGCAGUGCCCGUCUCCCGCUGCCGCCGCGGCCGCUGCGCUGUCCCUCGGCCUGCUGCUCGCCUCCGGCUCGACGGCUCCUCCCCUCACCACAGACUUGGCCGUCCACCGGCACACCAGCGAAGGAGCCUUCACCGAAGCCACCAGCGACUUCUUGUCGACCUCCUCGAUGCAGCUGACCGUCACAACGGAAGUCGAUUACUUGCUGAACUACACCGAACCUGAGGAAGGAGAACAACAGAGCGUCUCAGGCAUCUUACAGGUAUGCCACACACAAAUACAGUGCUAG